AUGUCUUCAGUCCCUCAAGGAGGUCUGAUCCUCGUCACAGGCGCCAAUGGAUACAUAGCAAGCGUGACUGUCCAAGUAUUUCUACAGCGCGGUUAUCGUGUCCGUGGUACCGUCCGUUCAAUCACCGCCAAUGCCUGGAUGAAACCAUUCUUUGGCCCCAAUUUCGAGCUCGUCGAAGUUCCCGACAUUUCGACCCCUGGUGCUUUCGACAAGGCACUCCAAGGUGUAGAUGGCGUGGCCCAUAUGGCUAUGAACAUGGAUAUGAACCCUCAGAACCAAGAAGUUAUCGACAACACCAUCAAUUCGAACCUGUACCUUCUUGAAGCGGUGGCAAGAGUCCCAAGCGUCAAGAGCGUUGUCAUUACCUCGUCACUGGCAGCAUGUGCUCUUCCAACAACUGGCGAACCGUACAAGAUCGAUGUGACGACCUGGAACACUGACGCGAUUAACAAGACAGCUGAACCAUGGGAUGGGCAAGGGAACCCACGAUGGCAUGGGAUCGUGCUAUAUGGAGCCGCCAAAGCACGAAGCGAACAAGCUGCAUUCGCUUGGGUGCAUGAGCAUAAGCCAUCCUUCUCCUUCAACACAGUUGUUCCCAAUGUCAACUUUGGUAUCGCCAUAUCGCCCGAGAACAUGAGCUACCGUAGCUCAGCCGCCGUCAUCGACGCCGUUGUGAAAGGCUACCCCGAUGCGCCGUCUAUCCUACCAUCGCAAUGGUACGUCGACGUUGAGGAUACAGCACUGCUACACCUAGCUGCAUUGACGCUCGACGAUGUGAAUAACGAGCGACUUCUUGCGUUCGGUGGGAGAUAUUGCUGGACUGUGAUUCUCGAGAUACUCCAUCGACGGUUUCCGGACAAGGUUCUGCUUAAGAAUGUGAAAGAGUCAGCUGUGGAUGCAGGAGAGGUAGACAAUAAGAGGAGUGCUGAGGUUUUGAGGAAGAUGGGGAAACUGGAGGGGUUUACAGGUUUGGAGCAAACUCUGGUCAAGGCAGUCAAGACCAUUCUUGAGAAUAAGGAGAAGAAUGUGCCCAAGACGCCCAUUGAUGUGUACUACGACUCACUGGCAAAGGCCUAA